AUGGUCUCAGUUGGCACCAACACUUCCCGAGCUUCUGAUGGACUGCUCAGCGCAGCAACCACCGCUGAGGAGAAGCACCACCAGGGUAUAUACUGGCGAUCACCUAUCGGCAUGGUUUCGUUCCUUAUCUUUGGGGUUGUCGCGAGUGUUUCUCACCAUCUUUACUACUCAUCACUGGAUGGAAAGAAAGUUGGAAACGACAAUGACCAGCAGUGGGCUCUGAGAUGGGGAACGACUUUUGCCUACAUUGUCCAGACCAGUCUGGUGUGCUCGACAGGAUUCGCGUUCACCCAAUACUUGUGGAUGUCCUUGAAAAAGACGAAGAUGUCUGUGAAAGGCCUCGAUGCAGCGUUUGAGGCGAAUCAAACAAUCGUGUCGGCAUUCAAUCCUGAGGUGCUUUACAAAACGAAAAUUGUUGCAUUGCUUGCGCUGAUAGCUGGGGGCCUGCCACUACCAUCACUGGUUACCCCGGCCACUCUCUUCGUUCUCCCAAGUCUCCAAACGGCCUGGACUAAUAUGCCAGCGCCGGUCCUUGAUAUGUACAGCGUUAAUCAGACAAAGCUAUUUACAUAUUCGGUUCCAUCCAACACCAGCACUGGCUCCGGGGAGCAGUUUCUUGGCCCCAGGACAAUCAUAUCGAGGUUAUCCACAGCUACCGCAACUCAAGGCCAGAUCCUGCCCGUCAACCCCCCCUCUUCUAAUUCGUCCUUUGCAGUACAAUUCUAUGCACCAUCAGUUCAGUGCAGUCAAGCAAACUCUACCGUGGCAACCACCGUUGAUUUCUUCCGCAAUCAAUCCAUUACGAAUUCCACAGGGAAUAUCAUUGAUUGGAUCAGCAACUACUUUGCCUUCGUGCCCGACCUGAGCAGCUUCGGUAACAAUUCGCUCCCAGAAAAUGGGGUCCAAAUAGUCGAUCAGAUGCGGCCUCAGCAGCCCACUAACGCAAGCAAUCAGCUUUGGAUGGUCUAUUCGAUCUAUGACAAUUCUACAGGGCAGAAGCGAGUUAUCGACCGUUACACCACAUGCCAGCUCUACAAUGCCUCAUACAGAGUCAAUCUAACCUUCCAGGAUGGCAAUAAAACAAUCACGCCUCUCAAUAUCACCACACUAAACGAAGUUCCUUACCCUGUCCAAAAUGCACCGGCCUCUGAUGGCCUACUCGUGCAACACGCCUAUUCUGCCGUGAUGUGGGCUCUCACCGAACUCCUCACCGGCUCUAUGGGCAUUUUCACCGAGAACUCGGCUGGCACCACCACGCGCUUCGGCGAGAUCACCACACAGAUCGAGCAAACUAGCUUACUGGGAAGUUCCGAUCUCGACGUCUUCUUCGACAACAACCACUUCCUCUACUCGAACAGCACAAUCAACUCCGAUCAGCGACAGCAAGACGUUGACCUUGCUCAAAACCGGACACUUGACAUUCUCAUUCCAGAGCUUGCUUUCAACACAACGAUGAGUUUCAUGAAUGAUCCGUUGCUUUCACCCUCUGUGCCAACAGAUGUUCUGGUUACGCAAUCGAUCAAUACUUACGCCUACCAUUCUCGGAAUCUGCUGCUUUCGUACGGACUAGCGAUUGCGUUUGCAGUCUUGGCGAACUUGCUGGGUGCAUACGCGUACUGGCAGAACGGCCACAGUCACAACAAGAGCUUCUCGGCGAUCUUAGCGAGCACGAGGGAUCCGGGGCUGACGAAAUUGUUUCAUGCAGAGACGAUGGGGAGGUUGCCGCUACAUAAGAAUGUCCAGGAGGCGAAGUUGACUUUUGGAAUUACGCCUGGUGGUUGGUUAGGAUUUCGGAGGGUUUGA